AUGUAUGAUAAUGAUUCUGAUAGAAGACAUGCACCUGUAACAAUGAGAGACGAAAGAAGUCGCUUGUAUCAAGUUAUUAUGGUUUAUGGUAUACAUAAUCAUUACUUGUGUCACAAGUUAUUCGGUCAGACCAUUAUAUGUCUCCUUAAUCUUGAGGAGAAGAAACUUAUUUCUGACACGACAUUGAAUAUGGUGCCGUCCAAAAAUAUACUUAAAAUGUUGAAACAGAAAAUACCUCAAAAUGUCUCAAAUAUUAAGCAAAUAUACAAUAUUUGUGCCAUAAACAACAAGACGAUAAGAGGACAGAGAACUGAAACGCAACAACUAUUGAAGCUUCUGGAUGAUAAACAUUGUGCUUCUAUGUACAAAGUGUGUGAGGAUGAAGUCACUGCUCGAGAUAUAUUUUGUACUCUUCAUGAUUUCAUCAAGUUGUUCAAUGCAUUUUCCACUAUGCUUAUAAUUGAUUCAACAUACAAAGCAAACAUGUAUAUACUUCCACUUCCUCAAAUUGUUGGUGUUACUUCGAUAUAA